UUGAACCCAUUGUCGAGCCUUCACUCUGCGGCCAGCGAGAACCAGGGUGCGUGGCCGGCGUAAGGCGAACGAACGGCGGUUGACGGAGUCGGCGCGGGGAACUCGUCCUUAGUAGCGGCGUCGUCAUUUGAAGGUUGCCUUUUGCACCGCAAAACACCUAGAGGCUCGACAGUGACAGUGACGCAAGAAUCAAUACAGCUUUGUCUUCUGCAUCCCAUUGGGAGUUCUGAGUACUGAAUCUUUGUUUUCUCUUUUACUUGUCUAAUCAUCCGAGAAAGCGGAGAUGGGGAAUGAUGACAGCUUGAACGCAUGGGUAUCGGACCAGCUCAUGUCACUACUGGGAUAUUCUCAGCCCACUAUUAUACAAUACGUUAUUGGACUAUCAAAGCAAGCUACUUCACCAGCUGAUGUAGUGGGCAAAUUGGUUGAGUUUGGAUGCUCAUCAACGGGUGAGACUCGUGCAUUUGCUGAAGAGAUUUUUGCAAGAGUUCCUCGCAGAUCAUCUGGUUUAAAUAUUUAUCAGAAACAAGAGAGAGAAGCUGCAAUGCUGGUUAGAAAGCAAAAGACUUACUCAAUUUUGGAUGCUGAUGAUGACGAGGAAGAUGAAUCUUCCAUGCGAACUGCUUCUGAGUCCAGAAAGACUGAAGGUCGGAAAAAACGGUUCAGGAAAAAAAAUGAAGUGGACAAUGAUGAAGAUGAUGAGGUGAUUGCAAGGGAGGAAAAGGAGAGACAAGUGAAGAGGCGAAUUUCACCAGAUGCAGAUGAUGGUUCAGAGUCAGAAGAAGAAAGGUUACGUGACCAAAAAGAAAGGGAGGAAUUGGAGCAACACAUAAGAGAACGAGAUGCAGCAGGGACACGGAAGUUAACUGAGCAAAAAUUAACACGAAAGGAGGAAGAGGAGGCAAAACGAAGAGCUAAUGCUGCAGAGCAGAAUGGUAUUCAAAGUCUAAGAAAGGUUUCAAGGCAAGAAUACUUGAAGAAAAGGGAGCAAAAGAAGUUAGAUGAACUGAGAGAUGAUAUAGAAGAUGAGCAAUAUCUAUUUGAAGGGGUGAAGCUUACAGAAGCAGAAUACCGUGAGUUCAGGUACAAGAAAGAGAUAUAUGAUCUCAUAAAGAAGCGGUCGAUGGAGGAAGAUGAUGUGAAUGAGUAUAGGAUGCCUGAAGCUUAUGAUCAGGAAGGGGUUGUUGAUCAAGAAAAGAGAUUUGCUGUGGCUCUGCAGCGCUACAGGGAUCCAAAUGCUGAGGAGAAAAUGAACCCAUUUGCUGAACAAGAAGCAUGGGAGGAGCAUCAAAUUGGGAAGGCAACGUUGAAGUUUGGUUCUAAAAAUAAAAAACAAGCAUCUGAUGACUAUCAGUUUGUGUUUGAGGACCAGAUAGAUUUUAUCAAAGCAUCAGUGAUGGAUGGAGAUGAGUUUGAUAAUGAGAUGACAGAUUCACUUGAAAAGUCCAAGGCCAAGACAGCGUCAGAGGCACUUCAGGAAGACAGGAAAGCAUUACCCAUCUAUGCAUUUCGGGAUGACUUGAUCCAAGCUGUUCAUGAACACCAGGUACUUGUGAUCGUUGGUGAAACUGGUUCUGGAAAGACUACCCAGAUACCUCAGUAUCUUCAUGAAGCUGGGUACACAAAGCAUGGGAAGAUUGCAUGUACUCAGCCUCGACGUGUUGCUGCUAUGAGUGUUGCUGCUCGAGUCUCUCAGGAGAUGGGUGUGAAGUUAGGACAUGAGGUUGGUUACUCCAUUCGUUUUGAGGACUGCACCUCUGAGAAGACUAUUCUUAAAUAUAUGACAGAUGGAAUGCUAUUGAGAGAAUUUCUUGGUGAACCUGAUCUAAACAGCUACAGUGUUGUGAUGGUGGAUGAGGCUCAUGAAAGAACACUAUCAACUGAUAUUUUGUUUGGAUUGGUAAAGGAUAUUGCUCGUUUUCGGCCUGAUCUUAAGUUGCUGAUUUCAAGUGCCACACUAGAUGCAGAGAAGUUCAGUGAUUAUUUCGAUUCUGCUCCCAUAUUCAAAAUUCCUGGGAGAAGAUAUCCUGUUGAAAUACACUAUACCAAGGCACCAGAAGCUGACUAUUUAGAUGCUGCUAUUGUAACAGCUCUCCAAAUCCAUGUAACUCAACCUCCUGGAGACAUACUCGUGUUCUUAACUGGUCAAGAAGAAAUUGAAACAGCUGAAGAGAUCAUGAAGCAUCGAACUAGAGGUCUGGGGACUAAAAUUGCUGAGCUAAUUAUCUGUCCUAUAUACGCAAACCUACCAACUGAGCUGCAAGCUAAGAUAUUUGAACCAACUCCUGAAGGAGCACGGAAGGUAGUCCUUGCUACUAAUAUCGCCGAAACAUCAUUGACAAUUGAUGGGAUCAAGUACGUUAUUGAUCCUGGGUUCUGUAAGAUGAAAAGUUAUAAUCCAAGAACAGGAAUGGAAUCUUUGUUGAUAACGCCAAUUUCAAAAGCCUCAGCAAAUCAAAGAGCUGGUCGCUCUGGAAGAACAGGCCCUGGAAAGUGCUUUCGGUUGUAUACUGCAUACAAUUAUUACCAUGAUUUAGAUGACAACACUGUACCAGAAAUACAACGGACUAAUCUUGCAAAUGUAGUUCUGACUUUGAAAAGCCUUGGGAUUCAUGACUUACUGCACUUUGAUUUUAUGGAUCCUCCACCUGCUGAGGCUUUAUUGAAAGCACUGGAGCUUCUAUUUGCAUUAAGCGCAUUGAAUAAGCUUGGUGAGUUAACAAAGGUAGGUAGGAGGAUGGCAGAGUUUCCCGUUGACCCCAUGUUAUCUAAAAUGAUAGUGGCUUCAGACAAGUACAAGUGUUCAGAGGAGAUCAUUUCUAUUGCCGCUAUGCUCUCUAUUGGGAACUCAGUAUUUUACCGUCCAAAGGAUAAACAAGUACACGCAGAUAAUGCACGGCUGAAUUUCCACACUGGAAAUGUUGGAGAUCAUAUUGCACUACUAAAGGUAUACAAUUCAUGGAAGGAGACCAAUUAUUCGACACAGUGGUGUUACGAAAAUUAUAUACAGGUGAGGAGUAUGAAACGGGCUAGGGAUAUCCGAGAUCAACUUGCAGGCCUUCUGGAGAGGGUUGAAAUUGAACCAACUUCAAAUGAAGGUGAUCUGGAUGCCAUUAAAAAAUCUAUAACAUCUGGCUUUUUCCCACAUUCCGCGAGGCUGCAAAAGAAUGGAUCUUAUCGGACAGUGAAACAUCCGCAGACUGUUCAUAUACAUCCUAGUUCUGGACUGUCUCAGGUGCUCCCAAGAUGGGUUGUAUAUCAUGAACUGGUUCUCACUACCAAGGAGUACAUGAGACAGGUCACGGAACUAAAGCCUGAGUGGUUGGUGGAGAUAGCGCCUCACUACUACCAGCUUAAGGAUGUUGAAGAUGCUACUUCCAAGAAAAUGCCUCGGGGAACAGGACGAGCGUGAUCGGACAGACAGCUGACAAAUUUCUGCUGACUCGUUGGGAAGAUUAAUGAACAUCAUCAGGUGGAUAUGAAAACUGAGAAGUGUUCCUUACCGUCGGGACAAAGCAGUGUAAAUAACAUUUUGCAGGUUUAGAAUAACAGUAUUCACAUUGUGUAAAAGAAAAAACAAAAAUAACAGUGUCAUUCUAUAUCUUUUAAUUGAUAUUGUACAAGUACACCCCCGCUUGCGCCAUUUCUUGACGGGGGUGUGCCUAGCGAGCUCAGGGGAGGUGGCUUUUGCCUUGUAGUUAGUUGUAUGAUGUGAAAUAUGGCCUUUCUUUUUGGGUUUUAGUUUCAAUAUGUAACUAUGUAAUCAUAAAGUGUUGCUGAAAUGGGUUUAUUUAUUCGACGAGGUUGUGUAA